GUGUUGUAAAGUGCUCGCCUUUGCCUCUGUUCUAUCGUCGUCGUCUUUUGUUUUGUUGACUUGUUUUUCACCAAGAGUUCCUCGGAGAUUUUUCCAUGCCAAAUGGCCACUUUUAUGGAGGAAGCGUUGGUGGAAGCGCGACGGGCACGUGACGCUGGCGAGGUGCCCGUCGGCUGUGUCUUUGUGCACGAGGACAAAGUCAUCGCACGUGGCGCCAACGAAGUGAACGUCUACCGGAACGCUACCCGUCAUGCCGAAUUCAUUUGCAUCGAUGCCACCUUGGCCUACUGCCGGGAGAAGAGCCUGCCAGCACGCCAAAUGUUCAGCGAGAUCAUCGUGGUGGUCACCGUGGAGCCGUGCAUCAUGUGCUCGGCCGCCCUGCACACGCUGGGCGUCAAGGAGAUUAUUUUCGGUUGCGAAAACGAUCGUUUCGGUGGAAAGACGGUAGUUGAUGUCGGGGCCGUGGUGGGCCAAAGAAUCAAAAUCACAGGCGGCGUCCGUGCCGACGAGGCCAUGGCGCUGCUGAAGGAGUUCUACAAGGGCGACAACCCGGCAGCACCGACAGUGGCCAAAAAGAAGAAGUUAUAAUUGCUAUAACAUCAAAACUAUCCAAAUAAUUGCAGUCGAAGUAAUGUUUAUUAUAAACUUUAAGUGUAGUCUAAGAUAUGUAUGUAUAUGGCGUUAUGAACGGUAUGUUUAAACAUAAAUACAA